AUGGCGACGAAGACUGCACAACAAAGCGGAACCACUGAUCUUGGUCGGCUAUGGGCAGAGGCCAUAAGAGACUAUAAUGCGCGCACCGGAGACAACCUUUCGGCCAUGGGCGCACGGAGUGUCGCUGAAGUAAUGCGACAAACUGAUGCUGAUAUGAACGAGUUUAAAGGCUUUCGCAACGACGGUAGUAAGAAGGCACAGUUCCGAUCGGCCAUGGGGGACCAUCUUGGGGACCUCCAGAAAUGCAUUGACGGCUUCGCUGCAGUUGGCGCUGCAGCUGGUGCGUUUCCACCAGCAAUGCCAGUCGGGCUUGUGUUCACAGCCGCAAGUCGCUUGAUAUCUGCUUUUGCAGGAGUCAGAGCCGAAUACGACCGCGUGGAACAGUUUUUCGCAUACUCAGCUCGCUUUUUUGAACGACUUGCUAUCCUCGAAGGUCGAGCAGAAUCCGGUCCGCUUGCGCUUGCUGUCGUCAGAGUCUUUUCGAUGCAGCUUUCGGUAUGUGGCAGGGUGAGACGUUUAGUAAAGGAGAAGCGAUUCACGCAUUGGCUGAAUGCGUUGUGGAAUGAGGUAGAUGAAGAGCUCGUAUCGGCAUAUGCUGCAAUGCAAGCGUCAAUCCAGGAACUUGAUGAAGCCGUUGGAUUUUCAAGCUACAGCUCCAUCAAAGCUGUCCAGGACGAUGUACUUGCUAGCAACGCUAAACUUGACCAACUCGAUAAGAACCUGCAGUCGUACCGCUUGAACUUGGGAAAAGACAUCCAGGAAGUUUAUGCGAGCACUCUGAAUUUACAAGUCGUGGUCACUGAGGGGUUUUCCGCUGUCCAAUACCAGUUGUCGGAGCAGCAUGCUGAGCAUAAUGCUCUGCUUCUCCAAAUUUUGAAGAACACAAACAAGUUGAGCAAAGCACCAGAAAACGAAGAAAAGAAGAAACAAGGCGCGAAAUCCAAGGGCGAUGUUGGCGACCGCAAGUUCCAAGCUUUGCGGCAAUUGAAAAACUUCUUUACCGACAACUACAGUGUCUUUCCCUCCUGGAUGGAAGCGCACCAGGAAAACUUGGUACAGGAGGAAGAUAUGCGUGAUUCCAAGAUCAAACAGACUACCGCUUGGCUUGGCGAACACCCAAGCUUCAAAGCGUGGGUGGAUGGCCCCAAUCCUUUACUUUGGCUUAGAGGCGCAGAGGGCAUUGGGAAGUCGUUCCUGGCCUACUCAGCUGUUCAGAAGCUGCGGCUACAUCAGAAUGAGCACACCUGCGUGGCUUAUUUCUACUUCAAAGAAGAACAUCCUUAUCAACAAUCGAUGCAGAAUGCAUUCGCCUCCGCAGCGCUUCAAAUCGCCGAAUCGAACAACAAAUACGCCGAGCAAGUAGCGGCAAAGAUCAAGGAGGACUCUAUUGGGUCUGUAGAAACCUCCACUUGGACGCGGUUCUUUCUCUCGAUGUUUCCAGGUGACAGUCAAUCUGGUGACCGGCUGUUCCUUAUCUUGGACGGUCUAGACGAGGCACAUGUGCAGGAGGGCGGAACCCUAACGCAGUUUCUGUCUGAACUCAAGCUUCAAAAAGCUAACGUAUCGGUUCUUGCGACCAGCAGACCAGAGGACAAACCUACACUACAGCUGCUCCAGCCUUCGAUCCUCGAUAUUACAAAGCAGGAGAUUAAACGCGAUAUGAAGAUUCUCGUAAAAGAUCGCCUUCACACACUUCCGCGCGUGCGUAAAUUCAGUCCAGAUGUCAAGAAAGCUAUCACUCGAAAAGUCGUCAAGCAGGCAGACAGUAUGCUCUACGUCGAGCACAUGCUCAGAAGAUUUUCCUACAUUGGACGAGAACGCGCUGUUUUGGAAGACUUGGAAAAGCUACCCCAAAGUCUUCACGAGCUCUACAAGCUUCUCCUAGAGGAAUGCCGCCACAAUCGCUCAGAUGCGCAAUAUCAAGCGUUGAAGAAGCUGUUCGCAUGGCUGGCAUUUUCGAAACGAUCACUCAGUCUGGCUGAAGCCUCAAGCCUGGUCCAACUCACACUGUCCGAUGAUACAUUCGAUAUUGAGGAAGAGAUCAUCGGACGUUCAUCUCGCAUUCUUGAGCUCACCCAGGCAAGACAGCUUGAAGAGGAUAUCAAGGAUGAUGACAAGGAUGAUGACGAAGACGACGAGCUGAAAGACGAUAGCAUGCCCGAACUCGAAAAUCGGCAGUCCCCUCUCUCGUUCCAAGACCGGUCCUUGCGACAAUACUUCAAAAGCGUGAGUGUUGAAGAUGACGGCGUAACAGAAUUCCGGACGCCUGCUACUGCUGCACACCUCACCAUCCUCCAGAUGUGUGUAAACAUUAUGAUGAAAGCAGCGAAAGACCCCAACGAACCGACAAACUCCGGGCUCUCGCUCUAUGCAAUUCGGUACUGGCAUGAGCAUCUCAAAGAGCUGGACGUGGAGAGCACAACACCUGAAGGCAUUCAUCAAGUGACCAUCCUCCUGCGCCGCAUCACGGAGAAUGAGAACAAUAUUGCCAACCUAUUUGAAAAGGUCGCAAGGCAUACAGACAUAUAUCCUGAGCGAGCUGAUGACACACCCACUGCUUGGUUCGACACACUUUUGACCUGGGCCGCUAAGGCGUCGACACUUGGAGACGGAUAUUUGGAUGACAAAGUCAAGGAGUGGGCACUUACUGUUAAGGAAGACAAUGUUUUGCUGCCGUUGGCUGAAGGCCAUAUACACAACUGGUUGGAUGCCAACGACCAAGUGUGGAUACCUGAAACGUUCUUGUUCGUCAAGGCCGCACUCUCUCGUGCGAGUCGUAUCGAGGUUACCGAAGAUGAACCACUUGAAUACAUAUUUUCAAUCAUAUCGGCAUACAAUAUCCCACUCGAACAUUACAAGACACAGAGAGCAAUUGGAUCCACUUUGGCUAGCUAUGGCUACGAGACUGCGGACCCAGAUCGCAAAAAGGCUUUGAUCGGCGAUGCCGCCGUGUACCUGAAAAGAGCGGUGGAAUGUAUGGACGGCGAUGUCCUAGAAAAGGUUGCGACACUGCGCCUCUUAGCUCCAAAGUAUGGAUGGAUCGACCAAGAGCCUGAGGCAAUCCAUUAUUACGAUCAAGCCUAUGACAUGUUGCCUGAUCUAGCUGAAAAGGAUUUGUCUGCCGACGAGCUGAAGAAGAUCAAAUCAAUACGGAUAGAAAUUCUGACUUCCAAAGCCCAGAUCCUCUCUGAGAUGGAGCAACCCGAAAACGCCUUGUCAGCAUUCGAUGAAGCGAGGAUGCUUUCAGGCGAGCAACCGCUGGCUGGAACCACCUUGGAUGACAUUACAGUGUUAUUCAAGAACGAGGACAAAGCCACCGCGUCCAAGCUGAUGGAAGUACUCAAGAGUUGGACCGACAAGGAACGUAAUAGUUGGUUUUCCUACUGUUUUGAGGACUGGGUAGACGAGGGCGCAGUGACUCGUAUGCAAAGAGCGGCAAAGUUGACCAAUGAGACCGAUCUGCUACUUAAAUGGCUGACAGCUCUGGGUACUACUCUUCCGGCGCACAGCCUUCAUUUGUUCAAUCUCCGGGGUGCUAUCGCAUACCUACACUAUCCGGUGCUAGGAAACCUCGAGAAAGGCAAAACCCUACGGCAGGAUAUCCUGACCAUGAAAACGAAACCGGAUCCCUGGUACGAAGACACAAUGAAUGAGAAGAAAACACAAUAUCGGAUGCAGCUCGCGGACAUUCUCUUUUGUGAGUUCCAGAUGUCUGCCGAUCCAGUGAAGAAGGAAGCGAUCAUGGAGGAUCUCAGACUUUUGCCGAGCGCCCACGACAACGACGACAAUAUCCGUGAGUCCCAUGUUAGUAUGCUGCGCGCAAACAUGCUCCGAAUCAUGGGUCCCGCUAAGGAAUACCAAAAAUACAUGGAUGAACUGUUCGCGAGCUGCAUUCGUGGCCUGGAGGACGGUGUUUCCUGGAACGACUCGUCAAGCCUGCGACUACUAUCCAAGGUCUUAGCUUCGUUGUCCAGUUUGGAGAAGGAUGCAAGGAUCGCGAUAAGUGCUCAGUACUCUAUCUUGGAUCGUGCAAUACAUGAGCAAGAUACUGCGUCUGCACGUUCGGAGACCCUUUCCGACCAGGAUGAUGGUGAAGUAGGAGUCGAUCCAGAGCCCACAGGGGAAAACGAACCAUCCGAUGACUGUGAAGAGGCUCGACAAGUUCUUCCGACAGAGAGUAUAGAUGCAGACGCCGGCAAGAGUCCUUCCGACGGCACGGCAGGGCAAGAGCAGGGCCCUGAGGGAACUGCGGAAGUCCCAGAGCCUACUAAAGCGGAGCUUUCCAAGCUUGACGAGGACAUUGGCACAUGGAUCGUAGGCUGUGAUGGAGGUUGCGGAACAGACAUUCAAUCGUGGACUCAGCCGUUCUACUAUUGCCUGGUCUGCCCCAACACCGAUCUAUGCGAAGAUUGCCACUCCAAGCGUCUGAAACAAACGGAGGGUGAGAUUGAAGAACCGUGGCUUAGUUUCUGUGGCGCGAAUCACCGCUAUAUCAAAGGACCAAUGAAGGGUUGGAAGGGAAUCAAGAAUGGUAUAAUCCGGAUUGGCGAUGAAGAGAUCACCGUGAAAGAAUGGCUUCGAGGGUUGAAGGAGGAGCGAUGGAGUAAUGCUUGGACAGUCUUUUGGACUAGGCAAGGUGGGUUGAAGGAUAUUGGGGUCGAGGACUAA